AUGGUGGCGCCACAGGACAUCACCUCCGUCCUGCCGACGACAUGGCUCGGGCUCAUCGGCUACCUCGUGGCGCUCAAGCUCGCCUACGAUCUCACGAUGGCGAUUUACAGGCUCACUUUCCACCCACUGGCUCAUUUCCCCGGCAGCAAGCUCGCGGCCGCGACGUACUGGCACGAGACGUACUACGACGUGUUCCGGGGCCACCAGUACGUAUGGAAGAUCCAAGAGAUGCACCGCAAAUACGGCCCCGUGAUCCGCACGAACCCGGACGACGUGCACAUCCACGACCCGGACUUUUUCGACACGCUGUACGGGCUCAAGAUGGACAAGUGGGCGUGGUGGACGCGCGGGUUCGCCGUGCCCAAGGCCGGCGGCAUGACGGUCGAGCACGAGGUGCACCGCAAGCGGCGGGGCGCGCUGAACCCGUUCUUCAGCAAGGCCAGCAUCGUGGCCAACGUGCCCGUUAUUCAGGAGAAACUUGCGGUCAUGUGUGACCGGCUGGACGCGAUCAAAGGGAGUGGCCGUGUGCUGGACCUCGAGGCCGUGUAUUUGGCGCUGACGACCGACGUGCUCACGCAGUGCUCCUACGGCUGGACGUACGACUACAUCCACCACCCGGAGUGGGCGAUGACGUGGAAACUCGUCAACACCGGGGGUCGGGCAUCGGCGGCCAUUGUGCGCUCGUUCCCAUUGAUCGGGGCUAUUGUGCGCUCGAUGCCGCUUUGGCUGGCGAUCAAGCUCGUGCCGCCCGUCGGGUUCAUGAAGUCGUGGAUGCAGCGCGUGGGCGUGCAGGUGCGGAAGAUCAAGUCCGACGAGGUCACCAUGCGGCAGAUCCGGGAUGAGAAGCGGCGCAAGGACACCAUCUUCGCGCAGAUCCUGUCGAGCGAUUUACCCGACGAGGAGUUGACCGACGAGCGCCUGAUCGACGAGGGCGUCUUGAUCGCGACCGCCGGGUCGGAAACCACCGCCUGGGCCAUCACCAUCACGACGUACCACGUCAUGCAGACCCCGGACGUGCUCGCGAGGUUGCGCGCCGAGCUCAGGACGGUGGAGAUCCCAUCAGGCGACGCCGUCGCCCCGUGGCCCGCGCUCGAACGAUUGCCCUACUUGACGGCCGUGAUCAAAGAAGGCGUGCGUCUGGCUGGCGGCAUGCUCUCGCGCCUGCCCCGCAUCUACGACAAGCCGAUCCAGUACAAGCAGUGGACCAUCCCAGCGGGGACGCCCGUCGCCAUGACGCCGCACCUGGUUCUCAUCGACGAGACCAUCUUCCCCGAGCCCCGCCGGUUCGAUCCCGACCGAUGGCUCGAUGGGGGCGCGGACAAGACGACUAGUCCGCUGGACAAGUACAUCGUCGCGUUUGGCAAGGGGUCGCGCAACUGCAUCGGCAUGCAUCUGGCCUAUGCGCAACUGUACAUGAGCGUGGCGGCCGUGGUCGCGAGGUAUAAUCUGGAGAUGUACGAGACUGAUGACAGCGACGCCACGCCGACGAGGGAUUUGUUCACUGCGGGGGUGAAGCUGGAUAGUAAGGGUAUCAGGGUCAUUGUGCAUGACAAGGAUGAGAAUGUGGCCUGA